UUGUUUUGUUUGCAAGCCAUUCCUUCUCCCGUACCAAGUGUGUCCUGUGGCUGUGCGUUGUUUAUUCGGCUCAGUUUAUCACCAAACUUCCGCAAAGUUGCAGUUUAAACACGCUCUGUUUCGAAAGCUCGAUCUGUGGAAUAGCUCGUUUUUUGUUUUGCGAUUCAAAGUGAAUAGUCAAAUAUGGCGGCUCAACUUGCGGGCGUCUUCGAACCGAAUUUGCAGGAGAAGAUUGCGAAUUCCAAAAUUCUGGUUGUCGGUGCUGGAGGAAUUGGAUGUGAGAUUCUCAAAAACUUGGUUCUAUCAGGAUUUCAGGACAUAGAGAUUAUUGAUUUGGAUACGAUUGAUGUGAGCAAUCUGAACCGGCAGUUCCUAUUCCACAAAGAACAUGUUGGCAAGUCCAAGGCAAAUGUGGCACGUGAGAGCGCGCUCAGUUUUAAUCCGGAUGUAAAGAUUAAAGCAUAUCACGACAGUGUUACCACCACCAACUAUGGCGUUAGCUUCUUCAAGCAGUUUAAGCUGGUUCUGAAUGCGUUGGACAACCGUGCCGCUCGUAAUCACGUAAAUCGGCUUUGUUUAACGGCAGAUGUACCGUUAAUUGAGUCCGGGACCGCCGGUUAUAAUGGACAGGUAGAAUUGAUCAAGCGAGGCAUGACUCAGUGCUACGAAUGUACGCCGAAAGCAGCACAAAAAACAUUCCCAGGUUGUACGAUCCGAAACACUCCUUCGGAACCGAUCCAUUGCAUUGUGUGGGCCAAACAUCUGUUCAAUCAAUUGUUUGGUGAAAGCAACGAGGAUGAGGACGUAUCACCGGACACGGCAGACCCGGAGGCAGGAGCAGAAGCGGGUGAAAGUGCACUUGCCGCUGAAGCAAAUGAUAAGGGUAACGUAGAUCGUGUGAAUACCCGAACCUGGGCUCAACAGUGUGGAUAUGAUCCAGAGAAAAUUUUUAACAAACUUUUCUACGACGAUAUCAAUUAUCUUUUGAGUAUGUCAAACCUAUGGAAGAGUCGCACACCGCCGAAUCCAGCUAUGUGGAAUGCGCUGGAAGACAAUCCCGAGAAGGCUCCGAUUGAUACAGUUCUACGCGAUCAAAAGGUGCUCAGUCUGGCUGAAUCUGCAAAAGUGUUUGCGGAAAGUAUUGGUGCUUUGAAAAAUGAUUUCGCCAAACUUGCUGAUGGUGAUCAUCUCGUGUGGGACAAGGAUGACAAGCACGCGAUGGACUUCGUGGCUGCUUGUGCCAACAUUCGAGCGCAAAUUUUCAAUAUCCCCAGAAAAAGUCGUUUCGAGAUAAAAUCAAUGGCGGGUAAUAUUAUUCCGGCCAUUGCCACAACCAAUGCAAUCACGGCUGGUGUCGUAGUUAUGCACGCUUUUCGCGUGUUGAAGGAAGAGUUUGACAAGUGUCAAUCGGUUUACAUGCGUCUCAGACCGAACGCUCGCAAUCAACUGUUUGUUCCCGAUCGGGCACUGAAUCCCCCCAAUCCAAAAUGUUACGUAUGCGCAGCGAAACCGGAAGUUACCCUGAAGGUUGAUACUAAAGUUGUCACCGUCCAAGAAUUGCGAAACGACAUUCUCAUCAAGGCGCUAAACAUGAUUGAUCCCGAUGUGAUCAUCGACGGCAAGGGAACGAUUGUGAUAUCAUCGGAGGAAGGGGAAACAGAUUGCAACAACGACAAGAAGCUUUGCGAUCUGCACAUUGUGGACGGUUGCAUCUUGAAAGUUGACGAUUUCGUCCAGAACUAUGAGCUCACGGUUACUAUUAUCCACAAAGACGCGGCCCGCGACGAAGCUAACUUUGAAAUCAUUGCUGAUCCGGACUCACUCAAACCGAAGGAGGAUGAAGAAAAGAACGCCGAUGGUACGGAACCUUCUACUUCGGGACAGAAUGGCAACGGCAAGGCUCCGGCAGCUGCUGCAAAUGGAGCCGCCAAUGAUGAUGAUGAUGACGAUAUGUGUAUUGUUGAGGAUGAAUCGGAGAAACAGGGCGAAUCAGAUGUCGGCGCCGGCCCUAGCAGCAGUUUCACGGAGAAGCGAAAAAUCGAAGAGAUUGAAGGUCCAUCGUCGAAGAAGGCGCGCGUUUCAGCCGCUGACAAUGACGACGAACCAAUCGUUAUAAACUAAGAUCUCUGCUGGUCAUCAUUCGGUCCCGGCGGCUGAAUCGACCCAUCCUCAUGUCAACAUAUAUAAUUUAAUACGGAAGCGUAAUAAAACAAACAAAAAGAUUGUAAUGAACGUAUUAUAAAUUAAAUUUUAAGCAAACUCAAA